AUGCCAAACGCCUCCAGAUCGCUGAAUGUCCUUGUCGUUGGCGCUGGCCUAGGUGGUCUAGCGGCUGGCUUGGCCUUGCAGACCGACGGUCACAAGGUGACUAUUAUCGAUUCAGCCCCCCAGUUCGCAGAAGCUGGAGCUGGCAUUAGGAUUCCUCCUAAUUCUAGCCGCCUCCUUAUCCGAUGGGGCGUUGACCUGGAGAGGAUGAAGAAGUCGACUUCUCAGCGAUACCACUUCAUCCGGUGGAAGGAUGGCAGCACGAUCUUCAAUCUUCCCUUCAACAAUAUUGCCGAGACACAUGGAGCGCCAUACUGGCUAGUUCACCGCGCCGACCUACACGCGGCCCUGCUUGAUGCCGCUAACAAGGCCGGGGUCAAAGUCUUGACGAACAAGGCCGUUGUCUCAUACGACUUCGAUGCUCCAUCUGCUACUACUCAACAUGGCGAAACCUUCACGGCGGACCUUGUCGUCGGAGCGGACGGCAUCAAAUCUCUAUGCCGGCCGCUGCUCACCGGCCGGCCCGAUAUCCCUCGCGACACUGGAGACGUUGCAUACCGAAUCCUUAUUCCCGCUGAAAAGCUGCUAGCCGAUCCCGAUCUCGCCCAUCUCAUUCUCGACCCUUGCACGACAUCAUGGUGCGGCCCCGAUGCGCAUUUAGUCGGCUACCCGAUCCGCAACGGCGAGAUGUACAACAUCGUCGUCUGCGCUACCUCGUGCAACGAGACCACGGACGAGGUCUGGGUUGUCAAGGGCGAUAACAGCGAACUAUGCACCCGCUUUGCGGCCUGGGAGCCUACGGUCCAGAAGCUCUGUGCACUGACCGGGGAUUUCAUGAAAUGGCGCCUGUGUGAUCUGCCCAACCUGACGCGCUGGACACAUCGCUCCGGUAAGGUUGUGCUACUUGGUGAUAGUUGUCAUCCCAUGCUCCCCUACCUUGCUCAGGGAGCUGCACAGGCAUUUGAGGACGCUGCAGUUCUACGUGAGGUGCUCCAGCAGGAUGUGGACAUGGCCCGGGCCUUGAAGCAGUACGAGGAGAUCCGCAUGCCAAGGGCCAGCCUGGUGCAGGCCAAGACGCGCGAGCACCAAUACAUCUUGCACAUUGAUGAUGGGGAGGAGCAGCAGGCUCGGGACAAGAAGAUGGCGCUCGAUGCGGCUGAGAAUCCGGUUUUCUGGGGCUACGGUGACCGGAGGAAAUGGCUGUUUAGCCACGAUGCAGAGGUGAUUGGGAAGGAGGGGGCAAAUUGGAGAGAUGCGCCCGCGAUGAACAAGAUCUAUAUAGCAUAG